AUGGCUUCUGAUCGUGCACAACAUUCUGCUAAAGAGGUAUAUACGAUUCAAACAACUGUGGGGAAUGGUUUUGUAGAGAAAUACUAUCACUUCUUGCAGAACUCCCCGCAGAUUCUCCCUCGGUUUUAUAAAGAUGUCAGUACGGUUACUCGGCCUGGACGUGAUGGAGUAAUGCGUGCCUCCACCCUACCGGAUAUAAUUGAGGAUCUUGAUAUGCUAUCUUCUGGAGGUUUUGAUUCGGUUGAGGUAACCAGUGUCGUAUCCCAAGACUCUCAUAGUGGGGGUGUCUUCGUCGUUGCUGAUGGCUAUUUCACUUUACACGAGAAACCUGCAAGGAACUUCACACAAAACUUCUUUCUUGCUCCCCAAGAAAAAGGCUACUUUGUCUGUAAUGACGUGUUCAAGUUUGUUGACGUAUCCGAGGCUAAUGCAACCAUUCCUUCUGCUAGUGAUGCGGUAACCGAGCGUGCAGCAAUUUGCAUUAAGAAUCUUCCUUCUGAUGCAACCAUUGCCUUAGUUGAGAAUGCAUUUAAGAAGUUUGGAAAAAUUAGAAGAGGUGGAAUUGAAGUUAGAAACACAAGGAGCUUUUCUUAUGGCUUGGUUGAGUUUAAGGAAGAAAAGGCCGCCCAGAAGGCAAUAAAGAACUGUCUGAUCUGGUUUGAUAAUGUUGGCAUGAAUCUUAUUUAGGCGUCUCCUAUAAAGUUAGGUUUGCAUAGCGUUUACGUGGAGAGGAGGCGACCUGACUACAUGAGUUACUGGGAAGCUCCAUCCUCUGGACCAGGAAACAUAAGCAGAAGCGUGGAAACGAGAGGAACAGAAGCUCCUGGUAAAAAUGGUGGAAAUGGAGGUAACGAAGUUGCAGAUGAAUCACCUGAACCAAAGGAUGGUACUGGGAAUCAAGAGUCUCUAGAGUUAUAUGAGUCUUCUGCAGUUCACGUUAGAAAUCUUCCUCCAAAUGCAACCACUGGCUGGUUAAGGAAUGUUUUUGUGGAGUUUGGGCCAAUUAGAAGAGGAGGAGAGCGAGUUCAUAACCGUGGUUUGAACUAUAGGUAUGGUUUUGUGAAGUUUGUGAAAGCAGAUGCAGCCGAGAGGGCAAUACAGGCGUCUCCUGUAUUGAUUGAUGGGCGAAGGCUUCAAGUCCGGAAGAAAAUUGAUGGGCGAGUGCAUAAUCUAAACUGAACCUGAGACUCG